GUCCAGUUGACAUUUCGUCCAGGAAAGGACAUCGUUUUAUGUUUACUAAUAAUCGAUAAAAACGUAAACAUAUAGUGUUUUGGUUUAAUUAGUGUAAUUGAUAGUUAGGGACAGUGUUUAAAUCGCAUGUGUGCUCCCGCGAACGUAGUUUUUUUUUAUUGCACUUGAACGGAACGAAGAUGUCCUUCUCGAGCAUUCUACUCCUUCCAGAAGUUGCCAUUGACAAAAUUUUUUCUUUUUUGUCGUACGACGAGAUCGCCAGAAAUAGAGUAGUAUGCAAAAAAUUCAACGAAGUCGGCAGCAAGUUCCUGUCGCGCGGAUUCCUUCACUUGGAGAGGCGCCACGGGCACAUUUAUAAGCGCGUGAAGUCUGCGCUGCCCCGACGUGAAUCCGAACGAAAGUCGCACAAAAUGGCGAGGCACAUCGACAUCUUGCAGGGACUGGAGACGCGAAUCAGUAUGCUGAACAUGACGUACACCAAGUACAUCGAAAACAAACUCGUUUGUUUUAUCCCCGGCAAGGUUCUGGACGAGUUAAAAAGCGUGCUAGAUUUGGUGGAAACCAAUCAAAGUCCGCCGCGCACUCACGUGCUUCUGCAAGAGUUGCGAGACUUGAGCAGCAUGGCGAUGGAACACUUCGACGAGCACAUCUUGCCUCGUGUAAAAGAACAAUUCGACCAGAGAACAGGCUGCCCGGAGAAAAUUCUAAAGGAACUGGAAAUAGUUGCCGGUUCAUUAUCGCCUUACACCCGGUUUCAAGAGAUGGUCUGUAGAAACGUGCCGUCGACUUCAAGGUCGACGAGGUUGGUGCUGCAGACGCAGGUGCAGCACGCAUUAUCGGACGAGCUGCGCAAAGUGAAGAAAACGACCAAGACCCACAAGCACCAUAUAACGUAUUUGACUCAGAACACGAACAAGCUUUACAUGAAGCUGCGCAAACAGGCGGCGCGGAUUAAGCAGCAGUCGGCAAAGAUACGCGAACAGGAGCGGAAAAUCCACGAACAAAACAGCAAGAUUCAGGAACAAGAGGCUACCAUAACGGAGAUGAAACGGCACAUCGACGAAUGGGACCAAAAAUACAAAGAUCUGAUCAACAAAUUGAUGAGAGCUCGAGACGAGAUACUGAAGAGGGCGUCGUCUGCGCAGCAGAGUACUUCGAUGCCCGAGUUCAAAUCGAACAUUAGGCCCAGGACGACGCACAUCUUACCGAAAAGUUACCACUCCGUCAGACCGGUCGAUGUCGUCGAAAGGAAACGCAAGGUGGCGCUCCAGGUGCCGUCGGAUAUCCCGACGAAGAGGAGUCGCAGCCCGAUCGUGUCCGACGCGGCGAAUCUGGAACUGAAAAUCCCGGACCUGGCGAAUUUCCGCAACGAAGAGACCCCGCCGCAAACGCAACCGGCAACGUCGACGGCCAUUAUCAGUUCCCUGCUCGGCAAAUCAUUCGACACGUUGCGCAUGAUCAAACCGAGGAAGAGGAAAAUGGCGGAAGAUAUAGACUUGAAGUAGACGACGGUAGACUUCGAUUCGGUGUUUGGACCGCCCUUGACCCGUUAACGCUCGAAAAUGUUUUUCUCGAAAAUCAUCUAUUUUUUUGUAGAGGUUCCAACGGUAUUUCGGAUCACUGAACGUAGAAAAAUAUUAUGUUGGAAAUGAGUUAUCGAGUUUUUCAAAAAAUAUGAUAUACCUGGGUUACUUUUUCCAUUAGACGUCUUCUGCGUUUUUCCCUUUGGUGAAAAGGACCAAUACCAUUUCUUCCCUCUUACAGAAGUGUGAUGUUUCCCUAGGAGCCAAUCACGCCAAUUACUUAUGACAUAUUGGUGAAUUGUCUGGUUCCUAAAGGGAUUCGUCAGGUCCUUUGCCACAACAAAGUGAAAACUAAUAGCACACAUAGAAUUUAAAAACCGAAUCUAAUCAUCUCAUGGAAAACACACCAUUAUCUGAGACGUUUAGCAUUCUCGGCAAAGGUCUGAUGUUGAGUGAUCCGUUUGGAUUUCAGUUCUGCGCAUGUGCACUUUUUACUAACAAAACUUCCAGGACCGAAUGAUGUUCAGUAAAAAUCAAAAACCCAAUAAAAAUUUUGAUCUCUUGUCAAUAAAAAUAUUUCGGAUUCCGAUUUAUUCCAGUUUGGCAGCAACCAAGUAGAUUCACUUUUUUUUUCUCUUAAAAAAUGUUGAAAGUGGUAAAUUCUUUUCUUCGUUAGACGAUGAUGGUUUAUCUUUCAGUAAAAAAUAUUUCAUUAUAUCAUCGUCAUUGGUAUCAUCUUCAGUAGUCAUCAACUUCGGGGGGCGAUGCUGCAACAGCCUGAUCCAAUGUCUUGAAGGAUUUUCUGCAUAUAAUUUCGAACAAAAUCGAAAUAUCUGUAAAUAAAAUAAUUAUUGCAGAAAUCAACCUUACCUAAAGUUUAGAUAGAACAAAAAUAGUAAAUGAUCAAUUUUCAUUCGUCAUCGUCAUUUCUUCUGGGCUUUAUUUCGUGUCAUAUUCAUCAAACCGAACUAGGGUCACACGUUUAUAUAAAUUGAAGUGAGUGGCAGGACGUUAAUGGGUUAAUUUUUUGCGUCAUGUAUAUAUUUUUGUGCUAUUGUAUGCAGAAUUUGUAGGGCUCAUUGAAAAGUCAAAAAAGUGCGGUAACACGAUCCCACGCCAUAUUUGAAAAGACAAGUUUUGAGUUGUGAGUAGAAUAUUUAAUUUCAUUAGCAAAUGUAGUUAAAAUUGGGCUGAUCACUGUUUUAAUGAAUCCUAACCUAUAAAAAUGGGAGACACGACGUCAGUUGCGUCCCGCUAAGCUUGGAGUUUCAAUAGUUUUGAAAUUUAUAUAUUUUUUUCAUCGAUCGAAAAGGCAAGUUUAAGUUGUAAGUAAAGUAUUUAAUUUUAUGUGCAAAUGUAAUUAACAAUAAAUUGA